AGCAGCUCUGCGCAGUCAUCAGCUGUCGGUAUUGGGCUUCGUGCUGAGCUAUGAGCCCGACUUGAACUCGGACGUGCGUCACAGCGAGAAGCCGCUGUUUGACGCCGCUCGGGCUGAUGAGGCAGAAAUGCUUAAAGUUCUCCUAGCGCAUGGAGCUGACGCAUCUGGAACGGACCCAGUGGGCAGCACGUUGUUGCACAUUGCAGCGAAAUACCGCGCUAUGAAUGUGCUGGAGGUGCUCAAUGCCUCCAGUGUGAGGGAAGACGUGAACGUCGGAGAUUCACUUUUUAACACGGCGCUGCAUUACGCAGCAGACGGUGGUCAAGUGGAAGUUGCCAAAGUGUUGUUUGAGAUGGGAGCGGAUGCAAAUCUGAGCAAUAGGAGACUCACGACGCCGCUGCACAUGGCGGUGAGCAAGGCAAAAUUCAGGAUGGCCAAGCUGCUGCUGGAAGAGGGACAGGCUGAUGCUGAUGCGAGGGAUUUUCAGGGUAAUACAGCACUGUUGCUACUUGCCGCGAUGUCGUCGUCGGAUAUGGAUGAGAACGUUAGUGACAGCGAAGAGGAGGAGGAGUCUGUGCAGCUGCAAAUGGCCAAGCUGUUGAUUGAAUUUGGCGCCGAUGUGAACGCUGCGAACACAGCGACAGCUACGCCACUGCAUUGCGCUAUGCGUCGCUACGACUUCGACCUCGUGGAUCUUCUGCUAGCAACUGGUGCAGAUGUGAAUCUGCGCAAUCGCUUCGGUGAUACACCGCUGCAUCAAGCUGCACGCUUAGCGAUGUACCCAGUUAUGUGGGAAAAACUAUUGAAGCACGGCGCCAACCUCACUGCUGAAGACCGAGAAGGCCAAACCCCGAUGGAACUAAUACCAAACAAUGUGCUGCGAGCUUCCGUUGCCGAAGUCGUGGCGAGCUUGACGGAUCCCAAGAGCCACAAGUGA